GACUGCGACGGCCACUUCUGCAGCGUAGUUCUUUCCCGCAGCUCUCUACUUCGCUCUUCUUCUCAACCCCUGAAGCCACCAUGAGUUCCUCCUCCUCCGGCGGCGACGGCUCGAAGCUCCCUCACGACGUCGCCGUCGAGAUCCUGAAGCGGUUGCCGGCGAGAUCCCUCCUCCGAUUCAGGUGCGUCUCCCGAUCGUGGCGUUCUGCCAUCGACGACCCUCGUUUCGUGGCCCUCCACUGGAGCCACUCCGCCCUCCACGCCUCCAGUCGGCAUCUCGCGUGUCUAGAUUGCGGCGACGACGCCGUCCAGAACCGGUGCUCUCUGUUCCCCAACGGGCCUCUCGCCCGGCCUCCUUCCCCGUCGCAAAUCGAAAUCCCGUUCGUUGCUCCUCCCAACCGUUACGCCCUCGUUGGUUCAUGUGACGGUUUGAUCUGCGUCUCGGAGAGUUCCAGAGACGGCGCUGAGCGGGCGGUGUAUCUGUGGAAUCUAUUCACCAGGAAGCACAAGGCGGUUCGGCUCCCCCGUCCGGAGCGGCGGCAACCCCUUUCCAUGGGAGGCGCUCAUGUAGCUCAAGGGUUUUGCUUCGACGCUAAGUCUAAUGACUAUUGUGUCGUGAGGAUUAUCCGAUUUGUAGGUGUUCGCCGUCAAGGCUUCCGCGACAGGAAGCCUCGAGUCGAGGUUUAUUCGCUCCGUGCAGAUUCGUGGAGGACUUUGGAAUGUGAGGUUCCUCUUCUCUGCCAUGGCAGCAGUGCGGUCUUCUUGAAUGGGAAUCUGCAUUGGUGUUCUUUUAAUGGAAAGUGGGAUGGAUACGGAUCCAUAGCCUUGUUCAAUAUCGCGGGUGAGGUGUUUGAUGAAAUGGCUCUGCCGGAAGAGAUGCUUCUCAUAAACAGUCUCCAUUUUGUGUUGUCUGUGGCGGUAUUAAAUGGUUUGCUGGCUGUGUUGUUUAGCGGCGAGGAGGUGAUUGAGCGGUUUGAUUUCAAUUCCGAAUGUUUCGUUUGGGUUAUGAGAGACUACGGCGUCCCUGAGUCUUGGAUUAAGCUGUAUACUUUCAAGACUAUCGGACCGGUAACAAGAUUUGAUGGCUUCACGUGGAAUGGCGAGCUUCUUAUGGAAAUAUAUUGCAAAGAACGAGUUUCUUGGAAUCCGAUCACAGGACAAUUCUCAAUUCUUCCACUGUCGGCGAGAUACAAAUUGGUCCCCGUUGUAGAGAGUCUCUUUCCACUCUAGAUAUGACUCGAUUGCUGCUACAUUUAUUGGUAAAGAUUGACAGUUGAAAGUUACAUCUGAAAUGAGAAGAUAUGGUUUUAUUCGUAGGUACUCCAGCCACAAAAUGACGAGAAGAAGUAGUGUGGCGGUGUCCAUUUACUUUGGAUACUUCUUGCAAGCUUUAGAAUGCAUUUUCAUUUUCACUUUGUGUCCUCUGUAUGAGUUAAAGUAUGCAACUCAAGACUGCAUGUAUGACUUCUGCAUUGUCAGCACCAGCAGAUUUUAGACCAUGCAGAAGAAAAUGACCAAGCUUGUCAAAUGCUAUGCAUGUAUGUGUUCGAUGCUAUGCCACCAUAAGCAUUUUUCA